ACCACCAAUCAAGAUGCAAUCUGUCAGAGUUUUUCGAAUAAUCGAUUUCUAGCUCUGGUCGUGCGAAGUGUAAUAUUUCUGUGCGGUGCAAUUUAUCCUUUGAAAAUAGUGAAUUAUUCUGGCUAGCGUCGGAUAAUAGCCUAAACCCGGUGGCCUUGGGAAGCGGUUCCGGAUGCUUUGCUGACUUUUUGUGCAACGGUAAACUAUCGAACAAACAGUGAUAGAAAAGGAAAAGUUUAUCAUUGAAUGAUUUAUCUGCCGUCCGCAAAACCUGCUGCUUAGCGGAGUCGGUGGCAUUUGGUGUGAGUGCGUAAUGGAAAAAGCCAAACUACAACUGGUAGUGAGUACGGUAUCUGGAGAAAAGUGAAAUCAUUCCGAGCGAUUUUUCGCUGAUUUUUUUUAUGAUAAAACAUUGCCUAAGGAAAUUUGCAACCGUGCUUGCAGGUGUCAGCAGCGGUUAUCUAUCAGCGAUUGGUGCUGUCGCAUUGUUCUCCAGACAGGUCUGAAACUUCAAUGUGCAUGAAAACUGCCGCACAAAUUAUGCUCUCUAGCGCCAACUAGACAACGAAGCAAACGGAGAAUGUACCAACAGGCGUUCUAAUAUUUCGCGUACAUUGUAUCGCAAAAGACCAAUGGACGGUCAACCGUAUCCAGGCUCACCUCCGUUGCUGCAUGACCAUAGCCACGAAAACGAACGACUCGAGGAUGGGCCGAAUGCUACCGUUCUAGGGGAUGCGCUGCGACGGGAGGACAGCGGGCUGUUCUCCCCCGACGCCAUGCGGAACGGGUCCAAUCGUGUGUCGACAGAUUCGACUUCGACGUAUGAAAUAGUUGACUGCCAGUCACCCGAAUCCAACGAUGAGCUGUGGAGCAAUGUGGUUAAAAUAACGCGAGCCACCAGUGCGACCGUGGCAGCGAUGGUCAGUGGCUCUGCAGAAAUCGAUGAGGAUCGCGAUCAAGAUAAGGAUGAGUACGAAAUACAGGAAGCUGCUGAAGGAGAAGCGCAACAACAGCAUCGUAAGUUUGAGCUGGCUCGCUCCUCUACAAAAGAGGAAAAACAACGACAUAAUGAGGAGAUCUUAAUUAUGAAAUCAAAUUCGAUCUCAUCGGAAAACAAUUCCUGGGAGGCACUUUCGCCAUCUAAGCCACUCGCAGAAGGUGAAAUCGAUACAAAUACUAAUCAUGAAACGACUGAAUUUCCUUCACUGGUGCGAAGUAAGCCAGGAACUUCGAAAGCGUGUUUUAUAGAUGCUUCGUCGUUGUAUGACGAUGAGGAAGUUCCUUACCCCUCUUUUGCAGAGUCUAGUCUGCAACGCCAGCCGCCACAGCAGCAUCAACAUGAUAUAGCUCCUAUCUCAUUAUCGACAAUUCUUAGUGAUGAUGAAAAAUUACACGGCUCUUGUAGUGUGCCACCCUCGGUAGAUGUGAAGGAUCAGUAUUCGCUAUCAAACAAUGAUUUUUUGGCUGGUAAAUUGAAUAUAAAGGAACGGGAGAGUACAGAUUGCAGUGAAGAGGCGAUUGCAAGGCAGGAAUCUGAACGCAAACAAGGCACUUUUCUUUUCCAAAAUUCUAUUCAGCAGUACUCUGGUCACUUGAUAGAUCCUAGCUUACAAUUUCCGGAUGAAAGCUAUAGUGACAUUUCCCUUCCGAGUGUGUAUUCUUCGAGUAGCGAUCCAAAUUAUGAAUACACAUCCAUCACAAUGGAUAAUAAUCCAACACGGUUUAUCACAACUAGUGGGGGUAUCAAUACGAGUGGAUAUAACUCCGGAUCGGCAGAUUACUCCAACAGGAUUGCGCAUACGUUGGAUAGCGAUAACUCGCAGUACCCCGAUACUCCUUUCAAUUCUAUUGUCCAUGUUAAUUCGGCUGUUAGUAUUGCACCGAUUACACACCGGAUCUCAGAGGACAGUCGGGAAAGUUCCGUAGAUAGGGAGUCGCAUGCGAAUCCGAUUAGAAUCCCUAAGCGGGUUCAGAAGCACGACGAAUCUGCUCCAAUUGUUUCCGGUGGUGCGUCGAUUGAGGAUUUUACCCCAAAGCAAUGUGAAAGUCCUUCCGUUCGUAGAAGAACCGACACGUGUCCGAUCGUAUCCGGAGGAAUGAGUUUUGAGGAUAGUUUCAAACCGGAAACCCGCACACGAAAGCUUAGCAGCUCCGCAAAAUCAUGGGUUGUAGAUUUGAAAAAUUGUCCAGAUGAUGAAAAAUCUGCAGCAAUGUCUUCUAUUGAGCACAAUCGUAGCGGCAUGGGCUUCUACGUAGAUCUGGGCAGCAUUAAAACUCCGGAAGAGGAAAAAUCCAUAGGUAUGCACGCGAGACCGCAAAACCGCGCUCAUCAAGAUCUCAUGAAGAAAUCCACAGGCUUCUAUAUAGACCUCUCCGAUGGAGAAAACUCACGAAGUAACACACCAAAACUACCUAGAGCUAACACUCCUCCGGUCAUUGCCACUAAUUCUGGUAGCGAUUCUCGAGCGGAAUCUGUUGAAAAGGAUUCUGCGAAGAAAAACAUAUUUUCAAUGUUCAUCGAUAUUGGAAAUGAUGCAUCGCCUAAGUCCUCAUCCGUGCUUAAAAAAAGCGUUACCGGUUUCGCUCGAGCGAAGGAAGAAGAAUCUGUUGCGACUUCAGCUGAUGUAUCUCAGCCAAUUAGACCGAUUAAUUUAUCUGCUGAUGAUAAAAAAAAUUGCUACAUGUUUAUUGAAUCCACAGCUGCGCCGAUUGUACGUAGAAGUAACGCCUGCUCGGCUACAAAAUCAGACUCGAAACGACACUCUUGGAAUCCGACCAGCACCGAGGGUACUUUCCACGAGCGGCGUAUUAUGAAUCGAGAGUAUCAACGGUCGACUAGCGUAACCAGCGACAAAGGCAUCAUGAACAUUUUGGAGAAGAUUCCGUUGCUAUCCAAGACGAGCAGCAUGUCGAUUGAUUCCUCUGUGUCUCCAUAUGAAGACUUCACUUGUUCCAAAUCAGAACUGAGCAAUUAUUCCAAUCAGUCUAUUUCUUCUAACUCUGCACAGUCUAGCAAUGAGUCUAAAAUUUCUCCAAAAGAAAUAGUGAAUGGUGCACCGGAAGGGGAAAUGACAGCUUCAACCAAAAAGAAACGACGUGACGUAAAAAUAAACGAAACCUUUGACAAGAGCAGUCAAGGGUCGGUCACUGAUGGCGUUCUAUCGUCCAAUGACGAUACUUCUCCGAUCUCCACAACGACAGAUACUGAUGAUGUAACAUUCCAGAACAAUCCAGCUGAUGAACCGAAUGCUACCCAACCGGUGGAAGAACCAGAAGAAAUCCGACCGGUGAAUGGAGUCAAUAAGCAAAUGGAAACGAUAGUUGAAGCAGUUGAAAGCUCGCCGAAACACGUCGGCAAUGGUUGUCGUGGAAAAUCACAGCACACGAUGGAAACUUUGCACGCAACCAUCGAAAAGCAGAUACAAUUACUUGAGACCGUGUCAGAAAAUGCUGAAUCACAAAAUACUUCCUUCGUAAAGUUAUCCGAUAUGGACAAGCCUGGCCCUCCAGUGAAGUUCGAGCUUCACUCGAGCAAUGGAAAUACAAACAGGGGUGGCUCUACAGGCGGCACUGGCGGCUACAUGUCAACGUCAGCCGGCUCAAAUCGGGUGGCACGACUUUUCGGAGACAACCAUAAUAAAUACAACACUAUAGGCACAUCUCAUCAAACUCAACAUCAGUUGCAGCACCAACAGCAACAACCCUCAAGUCACCCAUAUUAUGGAAACGGUACAGGUUCAAUAGAACGGCAUUCUUGGAAUAUGUCCCGAUCGACGGGAAAUAACUUCAUGAAUCUAGUAUCCUCGGUUGAGAACUCCCGCAGUCUCAGCCGACUGUUUCCGCAUUUAUCGAAAGCUUUUAGUAGCAGUUUACCUUCGGAUGUGGGUAUGAACUCCGUUAACCGUGGAACUGAGCUGCACGAGUUUUUGACGUCGGAUUUUUCGUGUACUUCUAGUAUCACUUCUAGUCGAUCUGGUAUUGAGUCGAUUGAUGAGUCGAUAUCUAGUCGCCAGCCGCGCCGGCUUGGAGAAGAUUUGCUGAAAAUGUUCCUCCAGGAGAUUGCUACCGAUGUGACGAUCGAAGCGGAGUCUAAGAAGAUGCGUGCCCAUAAGUGUAUUCUACGAUCGCGCUGCCAGUACUUCGCAGCCAUAUUGGCUGGUGGAUGGAUUCAAAAUGCUGGCAAUGUGAUCAGCCUACCCGGCUAUUCUUACGCGGCAGUACACUUCGCACUCUGCCAUAUCUACUCGGGGGCAUCACAUCCGCCAGAGGGCAUCAGCUUGAUGGAACUCGCGGCAUUAUCCGAUUUGCUUGGUCUAGAAGGGCUGAAGGAAGUGACGGCGUAUGCUCUGAAGACUAACUAUUGUCACAAUUUCCAUAAGCCUUGUUCCGGCUGCACCGAUGGAGUGCUGCAAGUUCUGCCGGUUACGUUGAACCAUGGUUUGGAUGAACUGUAUCGUAAAUGUCUGAAAUGGGUUUGUAAACAUUACGUGAAAAUCUGGUCCAACAAACAGUUCUCUUCACUACCAGCGGAUGUAGUUAACCGUUGUAGACAGCAAAUUGUGGCUCAUUUGACUUCCGAAACGGUGCUCAACACUAUUCUGGACAGUGAACAGUUAUUAACGAUUUUACACCCUUACAAGUGGUCUGUUGACGUGGAAGGUGUGGUUCGAGAUAUUCUGGACGCUGCCUACGAUUACAUACACGAUCACUUCGCCUCGCUGCUGGCCAGUGAUUGUUUCCUUUCGCUCGGCCAUAACUACAGCUGGGCCAUUUUGCAUGUGGAACCAAUUUUGCUGCGUGCAGCUACUAGUCUUAGUCCAGAUCAGGCAUGCAAAAGCUACCCUCGUGCAACAAGACUUCACAAACUGUUACAAGCCAAGGUGCUUACAAUGACCUCAACACCGCUCUCGUCAGGUGAUAACCUGAAUAUCGUGAAUGUGUACGAGAAGAAAAGCAAGUUGGACAUCGAGUAUAGCAGGGAGGAAGAGGAAAUGGAUUGGUGCGACGAAUUUGUCGGGAUGGUGAAUGCGAUUCUCUCGGCUGUGGAGCAGUGUUUGAUCAGACAGUGCGCCCGAGCAAUGCGAGUCAAUUCCUGGCAGAGAAUGGACGUCGAGUUGAGGAACAAAAUACAGAAACUUGCUUGUCUGAUGGAACCGGCGGAAGAACGAAAAUCACGGUCAAGAUAUUCCUAUUCCUCUCAGACAUCUUCGUCGUCAUCAAUUCAUUCCCGAACGAAUGAUUUACGCCAGGUUCGACUGGCUAUUCAAGCUCACACAAAACGAUCGUACGAAAAUCAAAACAACCACAAUGUCAAUAAUCGAACCAAUACUCAACACACGCAGACCAUUGGGCACCAUAAUGACUUUAACAGUGUGACGAAAUCCCACAAGUCACAUGAAAUCACAGAACGAACAAACAUUCGACCAGAGCUAACUGUUGAAAAUGGCAGAUUAUCUAAAACCUCAUCCAGAAGCAAUGUCCCAGAAACGAAACAAACCAAAGCGAACGUGAAGGUGGGUUUGCUUAGCAAGAACAACUUAUCUAGCCACAAACGGUCACAAUCGGAAGACAUGGGAUCGAAGGUUGCGAAGACCGUUGAACCGUUGAAUAAUUUGAAACCCAAGCUCAGCAAUGUGAAGCCCCGCUAUCUCGAGCCGAAAAAGCCGAAAAAUGCUAGUAAUUUACAAGUGCAAAAUGCAUCCUCCAGUGGCAGCUCCACUCGAACUUCAAGCCCUGCUACAGGGCGCAAACGAGGACCGAUGGGAAAUGUCACCAAACAUACUCGGGACUCGAAUAUUUCACUUGACAGCCUCGCUUCACCGGCGAAAACCGGCAAAAAUCUCAAAUCAAACCAUCAACCCACUAUCAACGAUAUGGACGUGUCAAUCGACUCACUGGCUGAGUCGUUGAAAUCUAGCUCGAUGAAAACCAACAGCAACACAAUUUCUCACGAAUCUCUCAUUUAUCACGAGUAUUUCAAAACCAAAAAUACAAAUAUCGAUAAGCCCUCUCCUGUGUAUUCCAAAUCCAAUCCAAUCAUAUUUAAUGACCGGCCCAGCGGACCCAAAUCAACCGAUUCUCUAGCGGCCAAUAAAAAUGCUUCACUGACAAAAAAUAACCUAAAACCUAGUGGACCUAGUAGCACCAAGCUUGGUCCCGUUGUUAAAUCGACCCCCAGCGGAAUUAAUCGUACCGCGUCAACGGCAAGUGUAAGCUCGAACUCAUCAUCCUCAUUCGUGAAGAAAAGUUUUCUAUCACAGCGCUCGCGGGAAAUUCUCGCCCGCCGUUCACAUGAAACCAAAACAAACUCGACUAAUUCGAGCAACAAAUCAGCUGCUUCAUCACCGAGUCUUCUCUCGAGGGAUAAGUCCACAGCGAGCGAUGUAACAAAAUCAGGGUCACCGGCCUCGCAGCAUACUACGAAUGGUGCAGGUGGAAGGAAAAUUUUCCACACAACUUUACACCUUCGCAAAACAGCCAAGUUGCAGCAGGAACCUCAUGUGGCUCACGUUAAAAAUUCGAGCGAUAUACCUAGAGCGGUGAAACACAGUGCAAUCCCGAUUGCAGGCAAUCAUCAAGGGCGAAAGUCUUCAUCAUCGGUCAAUCGGACAAACGGCAGCAAUAGCAACAGCGGUCGCCCACUGAAACCAACCAACAUGGUCGUGAUCCAGACCACCAGGCUAUCGGAUGUUAGCAGUAAUCCAAUGCUCGACGAAAUCACGUCUUCAUCAUCGUCUUCCGAUAAUGUCAAUGCUGGUGGUAGUGCACCACCAGCCAGGCUGGAAUCGAAACUCGAACGGUCGAACACAUUCUGCAUGGAGGCAUCCGAUAAUCCGGUCAUGCUGCAGAUAAUAGAGUAGACACAGCCCAGAAUAGUCAACAGUAGUCUGAUUAUGCUAUCAAUCAAGUUGUGCAUAGAUGCGUUGGACCUCCGUUUUCAAUGUGAGAUGGAAAUUGAUUGCCUUCAUCUGCUGUUGCGAUUCACUAUUACGUUCGCAUCUAGGUAAGUUGAAUGCUGCAAAUGUCGGUCAGGUCUGUCGAUCAGGCCAAACCGAUAGAUAAGAAUGCGAGGUGAAAACAAUUUUUUACUCAUUUGAUAGUGAUAAACCAGUGUGAGGUUAAGCAUACACCUAUUUAUUUAUAUUCUGGCACAAGUAAUUCCAGAUUAAGAUUAAUAAUCAAUACGAAGCAGUAAAAACAGCAAAGCACAGCUGAUAUACAUUCUUCAUCGUGUUACUUGUCUAGUCAUUAAUAAUCUCAGAUACUUAAAGUUUGUUUACUAAGUUUCGAACGGAUCGGAAUAAUUAAAGUUAGAGAUGGAAAACAUUCCAAAAAUCUAUGGGGAUUGAGUGUUUGCUAGGACAAGUUGAUCAGUAUUUUUGAGAUGCAUUUAAAAAGGGCAGGAAGUAUGUUGUAUCCAUUUUAAUCAACCAACUAUAACUAUCGGAGUACUUGACAGAAAAUUUAUUAGAACAUUGAAUGAUGAAUAACACAAACUGAAGCUAAAAUUAUAGAUUUUUUUUUAUAAAUAUAUGAUUAAUAAGAGAGAUCAUAAAUCACCUGCACUUUUGGCUGCAAUAUGCUUCUCAAAAAUUAAUCUACAAAGAAAAUUGAAGAGAACAAAGCUUCCAGGCCAAUUUUAGUGUUUAGUUUGGAUAUAUGUAUACUUAUAUUAGAGUUUUUGCCUAACCUUUUGCCGCUUUUCUUACGCGUGCGUAACAGAGCAAAGAAGGAAAGAAUGCAACGUAACGAACACGGUUUAUUUCUUGAUUCGUUGAGACUAGUAAAUUUUAAUCAUACGUUGGGAACAAUAUCGAACAUAAUUAUACAACUUUUGCGAUUUUUUGAAUCAUCGACUUCUUCAAAAAGUCACAAUUUAUAUGAACAAUCUUUACACGAUGCUGUUGCUGCUUACUAUGGAAAACAAGAAACAACUGACUUUAAAUUGUAUUUCGCGUAGUCACGCAAUUUCCUCGGAUUGUAGAAUGAUAGUGUGCAAUGUCGACAGUUGCAAUUGUAUCUUUCGAUAUUUUUAGUUUUUGGUUUGAUUAUUUCUUCAAUGCGAUUGGUUAACUUGAAGAUUUGAUGAAAAAAAAAAACGUGUUCCUUCAAUGUCCUACGUUUCAGUUCUUCUGGAGAAUCAGUUUAAAAUAGUACGUUUAGUGAUCUGGUUAAUACGCUUGUUAUUAUAUCGUUUCAUUAGUUUGGAAAAAUGAUUUUCCGUUGAACAUUCAUAUCGCUUUCGUUCGAAAUGCUGUGUACUAAUUCGUCCUAUAUAAUUUAGAACUAUGUUUAAAAGCACAUUCCCUCCAAAUAUACGCUUGGAUUACUUCCCACUGAAUAUUUAGUGUUGUCAAAUCAACGUACCGCAGUAAAAAAAAUUAACUAAAACGAAGCAAAAGCAAAUGAAAUAGACUUAUUCACAACAUACAAAACAAAUAAUAUUGGAGUUCUCUUUGACCCCUACUCGCUACAAAAAAUGAGGUAAUGAUAUAAUAAAAACA